AUGCCAUCCCCCUGGGCGUCAAUAACCUCGAGCGAAGUUAAUCAGCUUUCGGACAGCGAAAAGGCGAAUCGGGCUCGAUUUGACAAUCGAUCAAAGGUGGAAGCCUUGAUCCAGGCACGAUUUCCCAUCGCAGCAAAUAACAGACCAGUCCGAGCAAGAUUGCAGCACAUCACAAGUCUUACGGUCCAUCUCAGCGAUGCGGUCAAGGUCUGUUCGUCUGGAGAAUACGACACAUGCAAGGAAAUCUGGGGGUUACUGGGGUUCGCGUUGGAAGGGCUGUCAGGAGACCUGACACACAUCGAGACGGUGGCUGGAAUAUACGAGGACAUCCUGAACACAGUGCCGAGAUAUUCGUCCUACGCUGAUGUGGUCCCGAACCAUCCCACCUUCAAACGGGUCCUGCCAGAUUACUAUCGUGAAUUUCUACAUCUCAGCGUCCGAGUCAUCGAUGUUUUCUGUCGAGGACAACUCAACAUUAUCAAGAGAAUAAAAUGGAAGAAAGAACUGAAACCAUUCAACACCACGGUGCGGCGGCUCAUCAAGAUCAGAGACUCGGUCAUCGCAGAGGCAGCUGCCUUUCACCGAGAAGACGAUCAGGAACUUCGACGACGGAUGCUUGGACUGUCUUUACAGCAGACUCCCACCGAACAAACCCCGCCCGCGAUUGUGCAACCGCAUCUGUUCACCGUCCCGACUCGGAACAAACUCUACGUUGCAAGAGAAGGACUCAUGUCACAACUAGCAAAUGCAUUGGGUUGCGAAGACUCUUCUUUCGAGACCGAACUCAAGUCCGUCUUGUUAUACGGCCUCGGGGGCACGGGAAAGAGCGAAGCCGCGAUCGAGUUUGCACAUCGUCACAGGCAUGAGUAUCACUCAUGCUUGUGGAUUGCAGCAGACACUCCCGUGAAGAUUGCCCAAGGCUUUACCUCAAUUGCUACCAAGCUAGGCCUCACGGCGGCAGAUGAUGCACAGAUGCACCUGCGCGUUCAGGACUGGCUAUCCGAACCCAACGAUCCGCGCCAUCUCCAGGGUUACUGGCCCACAGCGCCCUCGGGCUCGAUCAUAAUCACCAGCCAGGAACGCGAUUUGCUCCACGAAGGCUUGGUCGGGGCCGGUAUUCUGGUCGAACCUUUCUCGGUGAUGGAGGGCGAAGAGCUCCUUCGAACCAUCUUGCAGCGCUUUAACAGGGGCAUCCACCAAGCUCAGGCUAAGGCCAUUGUCCAAGAAGUCGGAGGCCUUCCGAUAACCAUCAAAACGAUUGGAUCCUAUAUGGUCGAAACCAAUGUGGGUGCCGAGGAUUUACUGGUAAGAUAUAGAGAUCUCCUCCAAGGCCAACGCAUCGACAAUUGGAGCGUCGGCACAACAAUAGCAUCUCGAUCGCUCGCCGGAUUCAAAGUUACACUCGAUAGACUCGACCCUUCAUCAAAAUUCCUUCUGAGCGUGCUGGCGUUGCUCGACCCCGACACCAUCUUUCCAAAUCUGUAUGAUCCUUCUGUGCAAGAGGAUGUUUUCGUACCCUUCUUCCCGACCAAAGAUGAGUAUGACCUUGCCUUCAACAGGCUGCAAAAGUACUCCUUGAUCGGAUCUUACCCUGCAAAUGAAGAUUCGGCCUCCGUGACGGUACGAGUCCACCGCCAAGUGCGAAGACACCUCUUCGCCAGUCAAACUUCGUCAGACCUGAGUACAGCCUUUUCCUGGAUUGUAAAAAAGUUGAGGAAAGAGUUUCCGCACCAGUCGCCCUUUGCGGAACCUCUUAGUCGGUCGUGGCCACAGUGCGAGUCAUGGAUUUCUCAUCUGAUAGCACUGAAUGAAGUGGCUGUUGCAUAUCGAAACAAGCUACCUGUUUCAGAGGGUUUGGCCGAAGUCUUGGUGGACGGUGCGAUUUAUCUUUGGGAGAGAGGUCUCCUUGCGCAGGGACGAGAUCUGAUUUUGUCCGCGAGAAACAUCUGCGAAUCGGGGGCGACCGAUCAAUUGCUGCUUGCUGAAGUGUAUUCAUUUCAUGGCUGCAUUCUGUCAGACGCCGGAGAGAUCGACAAGGCACUCUUCUGCUUCAACCAGCAGGUCAAUAUUCGACGAAAUCAGCUCCAUGAGCUGAAGAGGCAGAACGUGGCCGCUUCAAUGUGGGAUGAGAUCAAACUCGCCAACGCGUACAACAACCUCGCAGGGAUUCUCACCGCCCACCGGGAUUUCGACAAGGCCGGCAUGUAUAACGACUUUUCUCUGCAACUAAAGGAGCGCUGGAAGCACACAGUCGACCUCGACUAUCUGCUCACCCUCACUUAUCAAAACUUUGCAAACAACCUUGCGCAGCAAGAGAAAUGGGAUGUCGCUGCCGAGUGGUAUGACAAGGCUCUGGCCAUCCCAGAAGAGAAACAUUAUUUCCCGAGGAGAGCACUUCUCUUCCACAACUACGGACAUUUGCGCCUCCAACAGAGCAUGUUACCAGAGGCCUGCACAUUGCUGACCGAGGCUGUCCAACUGAGAACGACGAACUUGGGCGAUCACUACGAUACCGCCAACUCGCUCCAUCUGCUCGCUUGCUGCUACAGGAAGAUGGACGAGCCAAUAAAUGCGAGUGUCACCGUGAAUUUAGGAUCCCCGCUCACCACCGUCAACUGCUUUGAUAGGGAUCUACUACGGGAGGCCAUUAAAAUCCUAGAGCAACCACACCUCAACGACCGCAGACGCAUUGCUCGGUCGAAAUUCCAGCUUUCUCUGGUGUUACGGCAGAUGAAUGAUCCAGAAGGGCCGCAACUGGCCCUCGAGGCGGCACAGAUGAGGAUGGACAUUUUAGGCCAGGCCCUGGAGGACAGUGUAGGAGAAGAGGACUUUGACGAGUUGGUUCCGUAUGUCUAA